ACUGCGCCGCUGAACAGGAACCGGCCGGUUUAACUUGUGAAUGAGCGGAGACGCUCUUCAUUUCCUCACCAGAGACAGAGACCAGGCGCUUUCACCGUGAAUGUGCUCUUGUUUCUACAACAGGUCUCAGGGACUUAGUCAAAUUUGACAUUUGGAAACCUAGGUUGUUUAAUUUUGAUAGGGACGGUGACCGAGGAAAGCGAGAACCACCUUGCUUUAUUACACCAAAGACCUGUCUCUCUGUCUGUCUGUCUACUGGCAUUUUUUUUUUCUUUCUGAUUUUUACCGCGUUCUAACAUUACAGCGGUUAUACCAGUGCUUAGGCUAACAUUAGUCAUCCUACAGAAAUUGAGGAAACGCAAGGACUGUUGCAAACACUGCAGAAAGAUCAGCAGCAGAGUGAAGUCUGAAAAGGAGAGCAAGAACUGAAGAUUUUUCAUUCUGCAUUGGAAGAAUCUUGCAUCCAUUCAUCAUCUUUUUGAAGAUCCAUGGAACUCUCUCUGGCUCACCCUGUUAUCAAAGCCUUCAUGUGUGGCUCCCUCAGCGGGACCUGCUCCACGCUGCUUUUCCAGCCUCUAGACCUGGUCAAGACCCGUCUGCAGACGCUGCAGAGCACUGUGCAGCCCGGUUCGGCAAGAGUGGGGAUGGUGACGGUGCUCCUGAGCGUUGUGCGGACAGAGAAGCUGCUCGGACUGUGGAAAGGCGUGUCACCAUCGUUUGUGCGGACCAUCCCGGGCGUGGGGAUCUACUUCAGCACCUACUACUCCCUGAAGCAGCACUUCUGCCAGGACAGGAGCCUCGGGGCCAUUGAGGCCAUGAUGCUGGGAGUCGGGGCCAGAACGGUGGCAGGGGUCUUCAUGCUGCCUGUCACUGUCAUCAAGACGCGCUUUGAGAGUGGCAGAUAUAACUAUGGGAGUGUUGCCGGGGCUCUGCGCUGUGUGUGUCAGACUGAAGGCCCCAAGGCUCUGUUCUCCGGCCUCAUGCCUACUCUUAUCAGAGAUGCUCCUUUCUCUGGCAUCUACGUCAUGUUCUACAGCCAGACCAAGGCCUCGCUGCCAAAGGAGAUCAGCACGUCUGCUUAUGCUCCUGUGGCUAACUUCAGCUGCGGGGUCCUGGCCGGUGUGUUGGCCUCCCUGAUCACCCAACCCGCCGAUGUGGUCAAAACGCACGUCCAAGUGAGCACACAGCUGAGGACAGCCGAUGCCAUCAAAUACAUCUACAUGGAACACGGGCUGCAGGGCUUCUUCAGAGGUGCAGUCCCACGCUCGCUGAGAAGGACCAUGAUGGCUGCCAUGGCAUGGACAGUGUAUGAGCAGAUGAUGACCCGCAUCGGGCUGAAGUCUUGAACGGGCUCAUCGAUAGUGAGUUUGUGAACGAGAGAAAAGAGAGUAAGAGAGAAAUGUCAGGCCUCUGCAUGAAGCUAGACAGGGACAAUAAAGAGCGAGCAGGAAGAAGACGCUGCAGUAGCCUUUUGUGAGCACACUGUGUAAAUAAGAGUGCUCAUGGACUGCAACACUGACUUAUUUCACAAUAAUGAGAUGCAGCUCGAUGAGCAAAGAAAGGUUUUGCCCUGCAUGGCAGUCAUGUCAUGUCAUGACAGCCACGCACAUUGCAAGAGAGGCAGAGAUGUGUUUCUCUGGGUUGUUGUGUAAGAACUGGAAUCCACAGAUUUGCAUUUCCCCAGACUCUGUCAACUGUUGUUUGUGCUUAGUAACUUGAAAAAGAUGUUUUAGCAGUAACCCUGUGGUAAUUCCUCAGUGAUAGUUUCCCUGGUUUCCAAUAGUAGCUUGAGCAUAUCCACUUUACCUCAGAUAAAGACUGCAGUGGCACAAUCUUUUAUUGCUAAGCAUGUGCCAGAUAAAGCUUAGGAGUUAUAUAAUGCACUUUAAUCUGCAGUUCUUUUAUGGGUGUUGGCACGGACUAAAACCUGGGGAGUCAAGCUAAUGUAGACAAUUAGCUUGGGCGUCUGCCAGCCUUUUCCUUAUGAUGUCAAAAGAUGGCCAAUUUUUUUAUUUUUAUUCUUAUAACAUUGUGCUAAUAUAGAAAAGGCUGUUCUUGUGGUCCUUUUGAUCUGUACAGUUGAUUUGUUUUAAAAUGUAACGAUUUGUGUCUUGAUGACAUUUGAAGUGAUAUUGUAAUAAAUAUUCUGUUCAUUAAACUAUUUACCUUUUUUAAGAAAAUAAAAAUAACUUUUGUUCUGCACCCAGAA